AUGAGAUUUCUUGACAAUCUCGAAAAGAUAGCUCCAACUGCCAGCUCCAUCCAGCAUCUUUUAGAAAUGCCUUCAUCCCAUGUUGAUGUGCAAAUGGAUACUAUUCAAGAGGAUAACUUGAGUGAUUUUGACGAUUCCGUAAUGAAUUCUGCAUACUCACCAUCAGAAGCAUCACAAAUAUCAUCAUGUCCCUCAUCGGCACGGGCUAAAAAGUACAGUAAUGUGCAAAAGCAAACUGAAAUUGAAAAGAAAUUUCUAAAUAUGAUUGAUGAAGAAUUAUCGCAGAAAAAACGUGAUACAGUUGACAGUUAUUUAAAACAGCUUGGCGAUAUACUACGCCGAUUGCCCUAUAUACGACGCAGAAACCUGCAAAGAAAAAUCCUCGAUAUUGUUAUAGAAGAAGAGGAUGUUAUAUUUAUGGAGAGGGAGAAUGCUAAUUAG